AUGGGCCUGUCAGGACCGAAACAGAAGCAGCGUCUCGUGGGCUCUGCCAGCACGCGCAACACGGCCUGGCUCAACGAUGCGGCAGCACCGGGACAGCGCAUGCUCGCACAAAUGGGCUGGUCGGCAGGCCAAAGUCUCGGCCUUACCAUGCCUGGUCUCACCGAGAAUCUCAAAGUAGCGUACAAAAUGGACAACAAGGGUAUUGGUGCUCAGCGACACGAACGCGAAGCGAGAGCAAACGGCAAAGACAUCUGGGUCGGGGGUGGUGGCGAUCUGGGUAGCUUGUUCGAGCGUCUCAACGCUGCUAAUGCCGCCUCUUCAUCGCCUUCGGCAGUAGCUUCAACAUCCUCUUCCGCCGCUGGUAGUGACGAUGAAUCUGGCAAGAAGUCAAAGAAGACCAAAAAGGAAAAGAAGGACAAGAAGGACAAGAAGGACAAGAAAGACAAGAAAGACAAGAAAGACAAGAAAGACAAGAAAGAUCGCUCGAAAGAUGAAAGUUCCAAGAAGAAGCGGAAGCUCGACGACUCAGACGACGCAUCGAGAGAACAGAGCAAGAAGAGCAAGCGAGCACUGGAGAAGCAGAAAGCCGAAGCCGUUGCUGCUGUAGCAAGUGCAGAUGCGACAUUGGCGAACGACAUGGAGGCAGUCGACGAAAUCAAGAAGGACGUCAUGCAGGCUCGACCCGUCAGACUGGCGCAUCGAGCCAAGUUUCUUCGUGCCAAGCGCAUGGUUUCGGCAAGCGAUCUUGCGAGCGUCAAUGAGAUUUUGGGGAUUGCAUCGACCCCCUCUUCUUCUGCAGCUGGCACGCCAAAACCUACAUCAGGAACGUCAACUCCAACGACCACAGUGCCUAAGACCUAUCCAGGGCCUGGUGGUAGCGAGAUCCCAUUAAUGGAUGUUGAGCGCCGCUUGCAAGCGGAACAAAACAUAAAGGCUGAUGUCGACCCGCCCGAGGACAAGGAGUUCAAGAAAAAGAAGGACAAGAAGGACAAGAAGCAGGAGAAGGGAGCCAAGAAGAGCAAGAAGGAAUCGCCUGACGAACACCCCAACGACAGCGAUGACAAGUCUGCUUCUUUGGCGGCUGAGGAAAAGGAAAAAUCGACGCAGAUCGGAACCAACUCACAAGGAUUGUUCGUCUUUGAGUAUCUCAACCGUCGUCUUAUGAUCCGAAAGGCGCAGAUCGUCAAGCAAAGGAAGGCGGAACAAGAGGCUAUCUUUGCACGAGCGGCUCGCGUGGGCGUUUGA